AUGGCCGGACCGGGCGCGGCGCAGUUGGCGGGCAGGCGGGCGCAGGUAGCCCCGCUGCCCGAGCAGGAUUUCGCGCUGUUCCGCACACGCAGAGUGGUGCAGCCUUUAAAAGGAGGCGACAGAGCCCUGGUCCUUCAGACUGACGGAGACACUACAGCGAGAAGGAACACCGUCCUGCUGCCUUCAUCGUCCCGGGUGCUGAGCUCAGAAGUGCGCAGUCAGAGAUCAAGCACAGAAAUGACAGGUCCACUGACGUUCUCUCUUCUCGUGGCGCUGUCGUGUUCGGUACUGGUCGGUUCGGAGAAGCUCCCCGCCUACGACCCCGCCGACUACCGCCCGGGGGAGGCGGAAGACUGGAAACAGACAUGGCGAGAGCUCCUCCACUCCAUCCUCCCCGACAGGACGGUGUCGUACCGGCACUACGGGCGGCGGGCGGCCCUUGGUCUUCCCGGGAAAAGAGCCGAACCGACGCUGGAACCGCGCGACGACGACGACGACGACGACUACGCAGUCAUGGAGAGAUCUGUCAGAAGAAGAGUCCCGCUGUUUGGCUUCCCGGGGAAGCGAACGGCCUGGAAUGUCCUGGAAGAAGAAGAAGAAAAGAAAGCUCCAUUCGCGCUUCCCGGAAAGAGAGCUCCAUUCGCGCUUCCCGGAAAGAGAGCUCCAUUCGCACUUCCCGGAAAGAGAGCUCCAUUCUCGCUUCCCGGAAAGAGAGGUGAAGAGACGCAGGACGACCUGGUUCCAGAGGAGUGGGCUUUCCCGGUCCAACCCGUGCUGUCCAUGCCGUCCAGAAGAGCCCCGUCCCUGGCACUCCCCGGCAAACGAUAGUCCGUCUGCAGGCACAGAAAUCAAGAGAUGACUGUGGUGACAGAAAUGAAGCAAAAUGAAACUAAUUUUGGUCUUUGUAUGAAAAUUAAUU